ACCACACAGAAGCUCUUAGAUUGAAGAUGGAGAAAGUUGUCUGUAUCAUAGAUCACUAUGGCCCAUACACUCUCAAUCAUCAAAAUAUUCACAGCCAUGGAAACGAGACGUUAACAAAAGAAGAUAGCAGACAUCUACAGCAGCUCAUCUCUACUUCUGCAAGAAUCUAGGUUUACCCAAACAACAACCAUGGCAGCUCCACCAGUUUCUCAGAGGUGAAACAACCAUGAAGAAGAAAGUGGAGAUUGAAGAUGACGAUAGGCGAAAGCAGGAGAUAACCAAGGCUGUCGCACAGGCUUGGUAUGCGCGCUCUGGCAGCUCUAAACCUAGCAACGAAUUCGAUGCUCACCGACGAAAUUUUGGAGGUAAACCAUCCAGAUUCAAGCUAGAAGCCAGGAACAAGUCUCCGGCCAAUGCAAGUAGUAAUGCACGGUGGGAUUUUGCGCAGUCGCUAUGGGAUUCGUAUGAGAUUGUGAGCGUCGCAAAAAGGUUGGAGACUGGAUUGGUGCUUGAAAAUACUUUAGCGAGGGUUGGAGAUGAAGACGAUGAAAAUACUAGUCGAGUCCACAGGAGGCGAAAGGAAAGUAAGAGUAGUCUUAGGAAUUUGUUUAAUCGUUUAUCUUCCAGGAGAUUCAAUGAGACUGAUGUUCCCGGGUGAGACUAAAUAUAGUUAAUUAGAAACUUACAGUCAUUGCAUGAUACACAAACGUUUUCAUGACAGAACGAGAUAAGGGAAAUCAGAAGUGAACCUGCAAAUUUCUUUAGGAAUAAAAUGCCUGCAAAGUGAAUUUUUGCUUUGAGCCGGCAAUAUAUAUAUAUAUA